AUGUUCCGCGCGACAGCAAGCAACCGCGCACAGCCUGUACGGAACGCUUUCCGUGCACCGGGUCAUGUUCGAGCAGGAGAUAGUGGUUCCGGUCCUCGACGGAUCUGGUCUGCACUGGGUGCACGCAUUCAACACCGAUCAUAUGUUGCCCCUGCCAACAAUGCCGUUACGCCCAUCGAGAAGAUACUUCUCGACAAUAUCAAAGCCACAGGCCCGAUAUCCUUCGGGAGAUACAUGCAGAUGUGUUUGUCGCAUCCUACGGAAGGGUACUACAUGAAGUCCUCCCAGCAGGUCUUUGGCGAGAAGGGCGACUUCACCACUAGCCCAGAGAUCAGCCAGGUGUUCGGCGAGCUCGUUGGCGUAUGGCUACUAUCGCAAUGGUUGUAUGCUGGCAACUCGAGGAAGCUGAGACUCGUUGAGCUCGGGCCCGGUAGGGGCACAUUGAUGCAGGACAUUCUCAGAGUGCUUUCCCAAUUCUCAGCUGCCUGCGAAGCAAUUGAGGCCGUCCACCUAGUGGAGACUAGCCCGAACAUGCGGCAACGGCAAGACGAGAACCUCUCGCCGCUUGCCUUCCAACACAAGUGGGACCUACAAUGGCAUACAUCCAUUGAAGAGAUCCCUCAAGACCCCUCGAGAUUCACGCUGUUGGUAGCGCACGAGUUCUUCGACGCCCUACCGUUCAAUCUCAUUCAAAAAACGCAGCAGGGCUGGCAAGAAGUCAUGGUCGCAACAGCAGACUCUACAAACCUCGAUUCGAAAUCCCUCAACGUUGACACGACCUUGAGGCCCAAACGCGACUCCACCACUUCUCAGUCAGGAGUGCCGUCUCGGUUCCGCCGCGUUCUGUCCCCUCACCCUGCUCUCUCUUCAAACCUUCUCGGCCUAUCCUCUUCGCGGUUCAAGGACCUCCCGCCUGGUAGCCAAAUCGAGGUCUCACCAACGGCAUUCAAGAUCGCGCGGAAAGUCGGCGAGCUGAUGCACGACCCGGAGAGCAAAGGAGAGCGCUCGGCGGGCAGCGGCCUCGUCGUGGAUUAUGGCGCAGAGAAGGCGUUCGGCAAUUCGUUCAGGGCGUUCAAGGAGCACAAGAUCGUAGACGUCUUCCAUCGUCCGGGCGAGUGCGACUUGACAGUCAACGUCGACUUUGCCUACCUCAGCGAAGCCCUCGCAGGCCUCGCGACGCCUCUGGGUCCGGUGACGCAAGGGACCUUCCUGACGCGCAUGGGGCUGGCGGCGCGGGUCGAGGCGCUCAAGAAGUCUGCGCAGAGCGAGGAGCGGGCGGCGGAGAUCGAGAAGGCGGCGAAAAGGCUUGUGGACAGUACUGGCAUGGGGAGCCAGUACCAGGUCAUGGGUAUUGUGGGCACGAGGAAGGACGAGAGCGAAGUGCGGGUGGAGGAGAGGUGGCCAUUCGUGAAGGAUGCGUAG